AUGCCGAACUUCUGCGCGGCGCCCAACUGCACCCGCAAGAGCACCCAGUCCGACCUGGCCUUCUUCCGCUUCCCUCGGGAUCCGGCCAGAUGUCAGAGAUGGGUAGAGAACUGUCGAAGGGCAGAUUUAGAAGAUAAAACUCCAGAUCAACUCAACAAGCAUUACCGAUUAUGCGCUAAACAUUUUGAGACUUCUAUGAUAUGCAGAAGUAGCCCAUACAGAACAGUUUUACGGGAUAAUGCUGUACCAACUAUAUUUGAUCUUACAAGUCACCUGAACAAUCCCCACAGCAGACAUAGGAAAAGGAUAAAAGAGCUGAGCGAAGAUGAAAUAAGAACAUUGAAGCAGCAAAAGAUUGAUGAAGCUUUUGAACGGAAACAGGCAACUCAAGAAUUGAAUGAAAACAAUGAACAAAAUACUGUCUCAGAGGAAGGAGGAGAAGAACAGGAGGAAAAAGCUGUCCCCUUAACACUGGAAGAAAGAGAAAACAAAGAUUACCUUAAAUCAUUAUUUGAAAUUUUGAUCUUAAUGGGUAAACAAAAUAUUCCACUGGAUGGCCAUAAUGUUGAUGAACUUCCAGAAGGUAUUUUUGCUUCAGAUAACUUUCAGGCUCUACUGGAAUACCGAAUAAAUGGUGGUGAUGAAGUUCUGAGGAAACGAUUUGAGAUGACUGCAGUCAACCUUGAGUAUUGUUCAAAAACUCAGCAGAAACAAAUGCUUGAGAUCUGUGAAAACUGCAUUAGAGAGGAGACACUGAGGGAAGUAAGAGACUCGCACUUCUUUUCUAUUGUCACUGAUGAAGUAGUAGACAUAGCAGGCGAGGAGCAUUUGCCAGUGUUGGUGAGGUUUGUUGAUGAUUCUCACAAUCUAAGAGAAGAAUUCAUAGGGUUUUUACCAUAUGAGGCUGAUCCUGAAAUUUUAGCUGUUAAGUUCCAUGCAACUAUUACUGAAAAGUGGGGUCUAAACAUGGAGUACUGUCGGGGUCAAGCCUACAUCGUCUCCAGUGGAUUUGCUUCCAAAAUGAAAGUUGUGGCAACAAGACUCUUGGAAAAGUAUCCACAAGCUGUGUAUACAUUGUGUUCCUCGUGUGCCUUAAAUGUUUGGCUGGCAAAAUCUGUUCCUGUUGUUGGUGUUUCCAUUGCAUUAGGAACAAUUGAAGAAGUUUGUUGUCUUUUUAAUCAGUCUCCACAAUUAUUAGUAGAACUGGACAACACAAUUUCUGCUCUUUUUCAGGACAAUGACGAGAAGGGUAACGAGUUGAAGAAGAUCUGCCGUUCUCAGUGGACAGGCAGGCAUGAUACUUUUGAGGUUUUAGUGGACCUCCUGCAAGCACUGGUAAUGUGCUUGGAUGCUGUGAGCAGUGACUUGUCUGUCAGGUGGAACAACUUCAUUGUUGGUCGAGCAUUUGUACUUUCGAGUGCAUUAACAGAUUUUGAUUUCAUUGUCACUAUUGUAAUUAUGAAAAAUGUUCUGUCUUUUACGAGAGCAUUUGGAAAAAAUCUCCAGGGACAAACAUCAGAUGUGUUCUUUGCAGCUGGCAGCUUGACAGCAGUAUUGCACUCUCUGAAUGAAGUGAUGGAGAAUAUUGAAGUUUACCAUGAAUUUUGGUUUGAGGAAGCCACAAAUUUGGCUACAAAACUGGAUGUACAAAUUAAACUCCCAGGAAAAUUUCGGAGGGCACAACAGGGGAACUUUGACCCUGAUAUGACAUCAGAAAAUUACUACAAAGAAAUCCUAAGUGUCCCAACAGUAGAACAUAUUAUUCAAGAAUUGAAAGAUAUUUUCUCAGAACAGCAUUUAAAAGCUCUUAAAUGUUUAUCAUUAGUGCCCUCAGUUAUGGGACAACUCAAAUUCAAUACAUCUGAGGAGCAUCAUGCUGACAUGUUCAAAAAUGACUUGCCCAAUCCAGACACGCUUUCUGCUGAGCUUCACUGUUGGAGAAUCAAGUGGAAGCACAGAGGAAAAGAUAUUGAACUUCCAGCUACUAUUUAUGAAGCACUUCACUUGCCCGACAUAAAGUUUUUCCCUAAUGUUUAUGCAUUGCUUAAAGUCUUGUGCUUGCUUCCAUUGAUGAAGGUGGAGAAUGAAAGAUACGGAAUAGGACGAAAGCGCUUAAAGGCAUACCUGAAAAACACCUUGACAGGGCAAAGGUCAAGCAACCUUGCUUUGCUGAACAUAAACUUUGACAUAAAGCAUGACUUAGAUUUGAUGGUGGAUACUUAUAUUAAACUCUAUCCCGAUAAAGCGGAAUUUCAAGACUGCAUUCCUUCAAACAAUUCUGAAGUAACAGAUGAUGCCUAACUUUUUAAACUCUAACCAAUCUGUUGAAACAGUUUGUUCUUAAUUAAGCUGGGGAGAAAAACAGGUGAAAUAUUAAAAAAUCACUGCAAUUGUGUUUCCAUUUUAGGCCUUGGACUGAACAAGCUGUGGUCGAUGACCUAAAUUAUGUGUUGUUAGUCCAUACUAAAUGUGUUUGGCAAACAAAAUAAAGCCUGACACAAGCCCAUGCUCUUGGCAGAGGUGCUUUCUACAUCUGAUUGGCUUAACUAGGUGCUCGUUUAUUGCAUCGUGGAAAAAGUACAUUAUGAUUGUAGAUCUGAUGGGGCUGUUACAUAUUCACUGAUUAAUUAGGAUAAGAAAGAAGCUCAAAAUAUUAAAAGGCAUAAUCUAUUUCAGUUCUGUUACUUAGGAUUUUUUUUUUUAAAACUUUUUAAGAAAGUCUUUGAUGUAUAUUUAAGUGGAAUUUUGGAGAGUGGAUUCGGCUAUUGCACAAUCCCCGUGCUGUGGACAGGUUUCAGUGUAAAGUGUAAAGUGAAUGUCAGUGAUAUAAGGGUACCUUUAUGGUUUUGUUGGAAGAGUCAACCUUGUUAAUCUCUUGAUGACUGUUUACAUUCCUUUGUGUCAGACACAAAACUUUUUUCUUCAGGCUUUACAGGAGUAGCAGGAGUAUUUAAAUUCCUAAAAGACACUAAAAACUUAAAAUUUAUUCCACAAACGUUUAAAUCUGUCUGGUCUGCCCCGACUCUGACACAAACCCAUGCAUCUUAUAGUAUGUUUAUUUGUAAACUCACUCUGGAAAGAUUAAAAUAAGAGUUUGUUGUUUGUCUAGAAGUAAGAUUGAAAAUAUUGCUGUUAUUUUU